GAGGUGUCCCACAGUGCUCUGCUGUGACCGCUCUGGAGAGCACUUUCAACUCCACUGCACGUCAGCCAGGUACACAGGAAACAGCCGCUCCCCUGUUAAAGCCCCGGGAACUUUUGAAUUUUCAUUUCCUGUUUGAUCAGUGUGAAGAGCUCGCCAGCACAGCUGAUCACGGAGACUCAAGGCCACAAACCCGUUCCAGCGUGGAGCACACAGGAGGUGCUGGAUCUUAUGGCUGUGAAGAGUCUGUGCAGGCAGAGCUCUAAUCCAGCAGAAGAAACGCUGACAUCUAUGCCAAAAUUGCACAGGGGACGGGGGAGAAGAGCUACACCAGGGACACGCAGCAGUGCCAUGUGGAAAUAAAGGCCCUUUGGCAAGCUCCCAGAAGACAAGGGAGGCAAACAGUCAUUCUGGUUCUGCCCCACAGACAUGCUGCUUCUAUAAGGAGCUGCACGCUAUUCUCGGCGUCGACCCCACCACUAACCCAUAACGCUCCAUGGAGACCUCCCAGGAGCCCCAGGCAACCUCAAGCAACAAUGAGGAGGACAUUGUUGACGACGAGGAGGAGAAUGUGAGGCAGGCAAGCGGAGGAUCCAUUCUCCCCAACAGCCAAGAAUUGUUUUUAACCCUGGAGCCCGUCCCUUCACAGGACCAGUUGGCGGCAGAGCGUGAUGCUGGGGAAGGCACCUCUGCUGAAACCUUGUCCGUCGGCGUAUCCUUCGCACCGGGACAGAGACUUUCCCAGAUUAGAAGGCGGAAAAAAGAAGACUCAGGAGGACAUGUUCAAUGAGUUAACGCACGCCUCCAAGAGUGACAAGAUGGAGAUCAGAGCAUGGAGGAUCACACUGUUUGACAACCUGGACAUGGACAGGAGAGCAUGCAGGGAACACGAGCAUGCCACGCAGGAAGAGAUGCUGCGGAUUAUGAAGGAGCAAUCAGACCUGUUGAGGCAUCUGGUUGAGGUGGGCAUGGGGGAGAAGAGCUACACCAGGGACAUGCAUGCUGGAUGCUAGAGUCCCUCUGCAGCCUAUGCUGAACCUGCUACCAUCAAGUUCCACAUCCUCCUCCCCCAAAUGUCCUAUGGGGGUGGGGGGAGGGAAGUUCGGUAUCCCUUGCACUCAACACCAGGGGAGGGUACAAGGACCAGAAGGCGCCCACUCCCUGUCCUGCCAUUCAGAAAAUCAACAUUGCUGUGAGGGAAAUUACCUAAAAUGUUAUGUUUCAGAGUAGCAGCCAUGUUAAUCUGUAUUUGCAAAAAGAAAAGGAGUACUUGUGGCACCUUAGAGACUAACCAAUUUAUUUGAGCAUAAGCUUUUUUCAUGAGCUACAGCUCAAAGUGAGCUGUAGCUCACGAAAGCUUAUGCUCAAAUAAAUUUGUUCGUCUCUAAGGUGCCACAAGUACUCCUUUUCUUUUUGCUAAAAUGUUAUGUAAGUGUUUGAAACCUUGGAUCAGAGCCUGGAAAAGGUGUUGAUCCACAUUUAAUCAAACCAGUUAGAAAUAGAAACUUAUAUAAGACUUUAUAAAUAAGUAAUCUUAUUUCUUUGGUUAAAAAUAACCUUUGUAGAAUACAGUCCAUGGCUUUAAUGAAAGUGUCAGUUGUCCCUCAUUAUGAAAUGCAGCAUUUCUUUUAGAAGCAAAUUUCUCUUCAUCUCACACAAACCUAGUGUUAUCUUACUGUUUAUUCCUGUAAAUUGUUUCAUUAGACAUUCUGUGUCUACAAAAUGAGGUUCUACAAAACUCUAUAGGACCAAUAUGCAAACACAGGUGCAAUGAGUAAACCUGCAAAAUUUUCAUUUGUGCAUGUAAAUAGGGCUUUGUGCAUAAAAGCCUAGAUGAGUACAAGUGCAAAUAGACACUCAUUCAUAAAGUUAUGCUUAGUGCCUACAAACACUGUUUUUUGCUGGCACAACUGAUCUGUAUUCAUUUUUGUGGCCAUACCCAUUGCACAGUUUUUUUAACCCAUUGCAUGGUCUUUUGUUGUUCUGUGUAUGUUAAAGAAAAUAAUCCUGUAACAGAGUGGCCGGCCCUUUAAGGGGAUAUCGGUCUGAGCCCCACCUGUGAUUAGGGUUCCCACCUGGCUGGUUUUUGUAUUGCCUUAUUAGGUAAAAGUUUUAAUAUGCUGGGUUGUUUUUUCACUUGGGACAUGUUAGAGUGCUCUAUAAUUCUUACCUCUGUAGUCCGGACUGCAGUGCCGUGUUAGGAUACGGUAAGAAAAAUGACACAAUAACACAAAAAUACACAUAUUUGUGUGUGUUUGUGUAAAAUGGUUCUCUAAAAUUUUUUUAGUAAUAAUUAGCUGUAGGUGGCAUUACGACCCUUUUUGCUCCUGUGAGGAGAGGUAGCCAAUGGCCAAUUUUUCUGGGUCUUGGAAGUAGCAACCCUACCUGUGACCCAGUUAACUUACCUCACAAGGUAGGGAAAAUGGAUUGUGUAACCCAAUCAGGCCUUGGGGAUAAAUAAGAGAUAGGCCUAGGUAGUGGGAAAGGGAAGGAAAGACUGCAGAAAAGCCAGCUAGCUAGUCUGCCCUGGGAGUUGCUUCCCACUUGAGAGCUGGGAGCACCCCAAAGGAGCCCAGGAGGGGCUGAAAAGAGCCCAGAAAGAGCUGAAAGCUGAAAAGCUCUGGGAAAGAGGGACGGUGGAGCCAAAGGGUCCGUAGUUGAUAAAAGACUGGAAAAAAAAAGAUCCCACAAAAGGGACUUAUUGUAAGGAUUCUGAUUUUAGAGUCCGUUAUUGCAAAGAUCCUGAGAGGGAACUGAGGGCAGGGUACUUGAAAGGCCAUCCCACACCACAAGGGGGUACUCUGGAGUCACUCUGAUAUUUCAAAUGUUACAAAUCCCAAGUCAUUUCAAAAUAUAUUCUUCCAUUUUUGCUGAGUUCCUUGUUUAAACUUUGUAAUGUGUGAUGAAAUCCAUAUAGCAGAUUGAGAGCAAUGGAUGAGGCAAAUUGUGUCAGUAGGUGAACAAACUAAGGCUUUCAGCACAGGUAGGGGUAGAAGAUUAAGAUGAAUUGUGCCAAUGUUCCAGAGGUGGUAAUAGGGAAAUGUGCGAGCACAGAUUAAGUAUCAAGAAGGAUUGAAGAUUUUUAGCCUUGAGAGAAAAGCUAAAGUCUGAGUUAAGACUAAAAAUGGAGGUGGAGUCUGGGCAUCUGAGAUUACUUUUUACCAAGAAGGAGGAUAUGAGUAUUUAAGUACAAAUGAAAACAGGACUCACUGCAUAUUAUAAUCUGUUUUUUUGCUUGGCUGAGCAGUAAAUGGUGGUUCCUUUUUAGGCUUUAAUUUGCAGAGUUCCAAAAGCAUAGUGUUAUUUUUAAUCAGCUUCUUUAAUUUAGUAAGAGUCUUGUGACAAUGGAAGGAAACAGAAAAAGAUGGUUCCUGCUGAUAAAAUUAAUUUCUUUGACCCAUCAAGCAUUUUAAUGUCAAGGUAGCUGCUCAUAGCUAGAGCUGCGAGAUCUUGAAAGCCAUCUCUGGCGAGGAAAUAUUAUUUUGUUCACAAACUCUGAGAUCUAGGGAGAGCUUAAAAUAUUGGCUGUUAGUUUAAAAUAUGCCUGUUCCUAUCUUAAGAGACUGAUACAUCACUGAGGUGUUAAGGAAUGAGUUGAUACAUUCUAAAGUGAAAAUCUUAUGUACUUUGAGCUAGAUUUAUUCCUGGGAUACCGCCACUAAUUUCAGAGUUACACCGGGCAAGAAUUUGAUCCACUGAGCCAAAUCCUGACUCCAUAAUUGGCCUGCCUCCUGUGUCAAUCAGGCUGACUUGGAGUGUUAGCCUCUGUCCAUUGGCCCUGGGAACUGUCCGUUUCAGGGACUUGAUUUCUCAUUGGUCCUUCUCCUUUCUUUCAGUACUGGGAGAGUGCCAACCAAAAAUCCCUACUAAAUUUCAGUAAGGGGAUAACAAUCCCCUUACAAUAAGCUAAGACUCUAUAGGCUUCAUGGCAUGUUACUUAUUCACAGUGCAUCAUUUACAGAUUUCAAAAUUGUUUUUAAAAAUUGCAUGUAUUAGGGCAGCAUGAAUGUAUUUCUGGCCACGCAUAUAUCUGAGAUUUUGAAGAUCUCAUUAACCACUGCCUUCCUUUGGCCUGAAUCUGCUGCUGAAUACGCAUGUAAGUAUGAAACCUGUUUAACAGACAGGAUGUUUGAGGGGUGCGCCUUCUAAAACACAUUUAGUUUGAGUUAACCAAUUCUUUUUAAUCACACAGUGUCCUUUGUGUCAGUGACAGCAGACAAGACACUAAAGAGUGAUAAAAGAGACAACUAAUACUAUUGAAACCUCUGAUGAGGGAAAUACGAAUGAUCCUGAGAUCCACAACAUUGUGCCAACAUGUGCCUGUGUUCUUCUCAACUAUUAUGCAAAUGGUUAGAGAAGAAGGGAAAAUUAUCAGUUUAAACAGAUAAUACCCAGUAAGCCAAUGCUUUGUUAGACAAAAACAGACAGUCUCUUUGGUAACAAACUUGGAAACAAGAAUAGAAAUACUGCUAUGUUAAACUAUGAAGAACAUGUUCUUAAAAUAAUGCUGCUUUACCACUGCAUAACUCUUUUUUUCCCCUAAAUUUAUUUUGUCACUGAAAACCAUUACAAGCCAGAUCAAUGCAAACACUCAGGUUGUUUAGCAUAUCAGUGAGGAGAAAUCUCACUGGAAUUUUUGUAUAUUGAAUUCUUAUGCCCUUGGAGUUAAGUGUAGAGGAUCAUCUUGCAUCUGUGGAUGUCUCUAUGAUUUCUGGAAAUUGUUGUUUUGUUCUGUGUCUAACACAAUAGGGUCCUGUUUCAUGGUUAGGGCUCCUAGUGAUACCGUAAUACAAAUAAUAAUAAUAAAAAGGCUGAUGAGCAAAAUCACCCCUAUCUCUCUGCUAUUAGGGUUCAAGGCAGAGAGUGAAUCAGUACGAUAAGGAAAAAAAAAGAGCUUUCUACUGAAAAGCUAAAGCUGUUCCCCUUUCCCUACAAUACUAGACCAGUAAUCAAGGCCAAGUGACAAGAUCUGAUAUUUCAAAUGAUCCUCUGUGAAGGCUGGAACUAAAAUAUUUCCAUUACACCCAAACUACCUGAUAAUACAUAAAACUAAGACUGGUCUACACUGGGGGGAAGGAUCAACCUAAGAUAUGCAACUUCAGUAUACAAGAAUAGCGUAGCUGAAGUCGACGUAUCUUAGGUUGACUUACCUUGUGUUCUCAUGGCGCGGGGUCAACUGCCGCCACUCCCCCAUCAACUCUGCUUCUGCCUCUUGCCGCGGUGGAGUACAGGAGAGCAGAGCAAUUGGAGAUCGAUUUAUCGUGUCUACACUAGAUGUGAUAAGUCGAUCCCCAAUAGAUCAAUCACUACCUGCCGAGACGUAAGUGAUGCCUAUUCCAAGACUUGUCCUUUCCAGGGAAACCGCAAAGUAAAAAUCAAAAGGACACUGCAGGCUAGUUUUGCAUCGGUAGAACCGUUCACAUGGAGAGGCUAUACAAAACUGGUCUGUUGGGGUAGUUAUUCUGAAAACUUCUUGUACUUUACUCCUGGGGGAAUUCUGCACUACUGCACAUGUGCAGAAUUUAUGUCCCUGGCAAAUUUCUUUGCUUCCUUGCAGAAAAAUUACUUUCUGACGGGGAAGCAAAGGGAAGCCAAAAAAGCGGUCAUGCAACCCUCCCCAGCAGUAUGUUUCGGGUGCCCAAGGCAGCCACCAGAGAGGUAAAUCACUGUGGGGCAACGGGCGGGAUUGGGGAAGACCCGGCUGGUGGCUCCUACCCUAUGCCAAGCUCAGCUGCUACUCUUGGCUGGGCGGGGAAGGAUGGGACUUCCUCUGCCCCUGCACAGCACCUGGGGCUGAGUCAUACCCACUCCCCAGCUGCAGCUAUGCAAACUCCCCCCUCCCGCUGCUUCCUGCACCCAUUGCUCCUCAGCUGCAGGGGAAGGGAUCCCUUGUACAGGGAGCUGCUCCCCCAUCCACCCAAGCCCUGUGCAUCCAGACCCCCUCAUACCAGACCCUCCCACUGAGCCUCACCCCCAUUGAGCCCCACUCCCCCAGCAUCUGUAAGAAGCCCCUGUGCAUCCAAAUCCCCCCUGCACUUGGCUCCCCCACUGAGCUGCCCGCACCCAGAUUGCCCCACACAGAACCCUAUCAACCCAUACCUGCAUCCCCCCACGCUUGGAUCUUGUCUUGCUGAGCCUGCCUGCCCGCCCACACCUGACAUGGAGGGGCAGGGCCUUGGGUGUUUCUGUGGCAGGCCUUGUCCUUGUGCUGCAUCAGGGUUGGGUGCAGCCUCACUGCUAAGUCCAUGUCCCGGGGGCGGGAGCUGCACAGUGAUCUCCCACCUCUGUGCGGCCAGUGGCCUGUGCUCCCCAAUGCCAUGCUGGAGCAUCCACAUUUAUUUGACAAAUAAAAUUUGUAGAAUUUUAAAAUAUUGUGCACAGAAUUUUUAAUUUUUUGGCACAGAAUGCCCUGAGGAGUAGUACUUUUACAUAUUACAUGUGGGGAAAAAAAUACCAUAUGGUAAAGUAAUUUGUGUGUCUUAUUGUUUCUUGAAAUAAUUGCCAUAGGAGCUUAUAGCUUUUAUUAUCUGAUACAUUUUCUGUAUAAGGUAUACAUAUUUUUAUUUCUAUAGUUUCCAAUUUAGUUUGGUAGGCCUUAUUUUGUAAAAUGUUUCCAUUCUCUUUAGGCUGGCUUUUAUUUUGUGUACAUAGAUGGCUAUCCAGCAUCCUUUUGCCAUUUUGUAUAGGUUGAUAGUCUUCAUACACAGCUCUCCAACUAUGAUGCUUGUUAUAGAAACCAAUCAAAUGCUAAAUGUUUUCAGCUACAUGUGUAGUAUGUUCAGAUCUCAUCUGUCUAAACUGUGUGGAUAGCUCUUACAGCUCUGCUCACUCUGUCAACACUGGUAUUUGUCUUAGUGGAAUGUAAACCCUGCAACCUGGUAUUUACCUGGUCAUGUUUAUAUUUCUCUGAAUCACCUCUUGAGAUGUCAAGCUUACUAAAUCCUGUUUAAUAGGAUUCUUUUGCACAUUCAUAUCACAGAGGACAGUUAACCCACAGAUGUCACUUCGGCAUGCCAGAUGGGCUUACAUACUGUGUCCUCACUCUAUGGUUCAGUAGUUCCAGCAGGUCUGUAUUAUAGUUAUCACUCCCUCAUACUACUUUUUUUAAAAUUUGUAGGUUAUUGUAAUCUAGGGUGAAAUCCUGGUCACACUGAAAUCAAUGGCAAAAAACUCACAUUGAUUUCAUUUGGGCCAGGAUUUUACCCAUAGGGUUUAUUAAACUCAGCAAUAAUAACAAAUAAAAACAGCGGAAUGCACGUAGCCAACGGACUCCCUCUUGAACGCUGCCUCCCCCCCCAAUCUUGUUUAGUGGUCUGCGAAGUCUUGUUUGCAGCAAUCCUGUCACUCAACACUCCUUAGAAGUGUAAGAUGUUACCACUUUAACACUUUCCUGAUACAGGUCAGGGGAAGGCUGCUGGGGACCAGACUUCUGUCUCACUGAUAGAACAAAAGCAUGUGUUGUUUGUUUUGACUCCACUUCUUAAUAGUUUUGUUAAUCACAUAUUAUACACACACACACACAAAGUGUAAUAAUUUUGUUUAAUGUAAUUCCUGCAGAAGCAGACAGAAUACUUCAUAGCAGAUUACAGUUUAUAUAUAAAGUUGUUUAUAAUAUCUAUAUAAUGGGUCAAACUCUGCUGUCAGUAUAUGGGUGUAAUAUUGCUGACUGCAGAGGUGAUAAAUGUGUAUCACACGGUAGAAUCUGAUGCAAUAUCUGCUAAGUGUUAAGACAGUCAGGAAGAGAGGAACAAUAACUACAUUUCAGAGACCAGGAUACAUGAAGAAACAGACUCAAUUAGUCAAAUGAGUUUGUUUUAUUAGAGAGAGAAGAGAUGGACCAUGAGAAAGGGAAUUGAAGUGUCAAGGUGUCAAUUAGCCAGAGGGGGACUAUACCAGAUGGUGGUAGGCAGCUUUGGAAGAUCUACCAUGCUUUAUGGGGAGGUGUCAACAAGGGACAAAUAUUAGGGUAUUUGAUGGUGGCAGGGAAUGAGCUCAAGGACAGAAAAUAUAAGGUUCAUCAAUUUUAAAAUGGUAGCUGCAACUAUCAACAAACACAGAAUAAUUGUAAACAUUGUAUCCCACAUUAUUCAUUAAUUUGUUAAUUAGUACCUCAUUAAUUUAAUGGUAUAAUCCAUUUUUAUUAACUAGUGUGUUAUGCAUCCAUUUUCAACUGCUGAUGAAGUAGGAGAAAUUACCUGUCAUAGCACCGAAAUGUAAUCAGAGUAAAGCUAAGGUUUCAGGUUGUAAAUGUUCUUUGUUACAGCAGCCACAAAAUGAAUUUAUCACUUCAAGUGCCUUUUGAUCUUGCCUCUGUGAAUAAACGGAAAUUCUUGAAAAAUGGUUCAUUUAAUAAAAUGUAGCAACCACACUCCUCAAAAAUAAGCCCCUAAUCCUGCAAAACUGUUCCAUGGAGGUAGACCCCUCUGUUCAUAUUGAAUCACAUUGACUUCAGUAAAGGUCUGCCGGUACAGAAGAGGUUUCAUGAUCAGGGCCUAAAUGAAAUGAACAGCUGGAUUUUGGACAACCUGAGUUAUGGAGAGUUAACAUUAGAGAGAUCAUAACAGAAGUAAUUGCAGGAAGGAAGAAAGGAGAAGACCUUUAUACAAAUGUUUCAAAUGAGUAGUCAAUCUCCAGGGCAAAAGUUAGUCCUUGUAGAAGUGACACAAAUUGUUUUCCCAUAUAAAUUCAUUUGAUAGGUGUUUUUUUUUCCAGCAGGGGUGGAGUGCCCUCUUUUCUCUCCCCAGUCCAAAUCCAAUAAGGUUAAUGGAUGUGAAUCAAAGCACAACAUUCAUUUCUCACUUGGGCCCAGAUCCUGCACUGGAAUCUGCUAGUGCAGAAUCUUUACCUCUGCAAUCAGGACCAUGGUCUUGACACCAACAGUUCAUGUCAAACUAUCCUUAAGUGAAAAAUUUUGGAACUGCAAUAAUGGUAGCAAAUUUUUUCUCUACGAUUUAACACCCACCCCCCCAGUACCAAAUCUGAAAUAUUUUUGCAGUCUUUUGGAGAUAUUCUUACCUGCUGUGCAUCCAGUGCUACUUCCUAAAAAUAAAACUAAAUCCCUUUACAAUUUGAAGGGGGGCGAGGGGUUCCUGACCUUCUACUAAGGUUUAGAAGGUCUCCGGAGUGGGCAGCACAAGAGCAACAUUACUAGAGAUCAAUAUGCCCUUCCUGUUCCUAGGACCACAUGCCUACCCAUUGCCUCUUCAGUCUCAUCUCUUUGAUUGCUGUUCCUGGGAUAAACGUUCCCUUUCAGGGCCUAAGGGAGGCAAGUGAGCUCCCCCCAGUGUAGCAUAUGAAACAAGUUCAACAAGCUCGAAAAAGAUGUUUCUCCUCUAUUAGGAUAUAAUCAUGUAGCUGUUUAUUUGUAACAAUAAUUAUUCAAUUUUCAGAUAGAAAUAAUAUUUCAAAUACCUGCCCCCCCGUCCCCAACCUUCUUCUGUACAUCCUAUGUAGAGGAUUGUGUGAGCUAGAAAGCUUGUCUCAGGAUUGGAACUUUCCCCAAGUUUGCAGUAGGUUUGGAUCUGAGGUUCCAGAUUAGGCCCAUCACUACUCUAAGGGUAUCAAUUUUGUAUCAGAAAAAGGGUUUGCAUCCCAUUUUUGUGAAGGUUUUAAAUCAACCCUGCACCUUUCUGCAGAACCCAUGGGCCUUCCAAAAUCAUUUCUGGUGAGUGCGUGAGUCCUCUCUCUCGGUUCAUUGAUAGAGCCUCACCCCUCUCACUAGUAAAAAGGCCACCAAUGCUCUCUCUCUACUGGGUAGAGCUGCAGAAGAAGGGGCAGGUUCAGUGUCAUUGGCACAAUUUGUAUAGCGGUGGUGCUGAAAGUCACUGAACAAAAUUAUAAACCCUCCCUGCAGAUGAGUGAAACCACUUCAAGACAGCACCCCUGGGCUGGUUCUAGAAAGAGGCCAGUGAAGGCUGCAGUCUCUGAGCCCCAGAUAGGUAGGAAGAGGCGGCUCCUCAGCCAGCAGGGGCAGUUGUCGGUCUGUGGGGAGCUUCAACAGCUGGCUAUGGGGAAGGAAGGCGGGGGCAGCGGCCUCUUUGCUGUUCUAGCCGCGGAGUCUCCGGCACGUGGGCGUGUCUUUCCAGACGGGGCGGGACCCACGGAGCCACCACCCCGCCGCCCUCCUCCAAGUUUGUGCGCUUUCCAACGGGCAGGACUCUGCCUACUGCGGCGGCGGCGGCUCAGCCAGAGCCCGAGCGCAGGGCGGACGGGGGCGGCGGCUGCCUGCAGUCGCCGCUGCCCGGCAGCAGAGCGCGGCGGGGCCAUGAAGGGGCGGCGGUGGCGCGGGCAGUACCGCCGCCUCGCCCUGCUGCUGGUGCUCUACACGCUGCUGCUGCUGCUCCUGGUGCCCUACGUGCAGGACUACGGGGCCAGGCGGGGGCGAGGGGCGGGCGAGGCGCCGCUGCAGCCCCGCUGCCCGAGCCUGCAGGACGCGCUGGGCGAGUGGGGCUGGGAGGAGGAGGAGGAGGAGGGCGAGGAGGAGCAGACGCCGCCGCCGCCGGAGGGCAAGGGGGCGACGGCUGACGGGGGCGAGGCCGGCGGCGGCGGCGGGAAGCGGCACAUCUACCUGCACGCCACCUGGCGCACGGGCUCCUCCUUCCUGGGGGAGCUCUUCAACCAGCACCCGGACGUCUUCUACCUGUACGAGCCCAUGUGGCACCUGUGGCAGGCCCUGUACCCGGCGGACGCGCUCAGCCUGCAGGGCGCCCUGCGCGACAUGCUCCGCUCGCUCUUCCGCUGCGACUUCUCCGUGCUGCGCCUCUACGCCGCCCCGCCCGCGCCCCGGGACCCGCCGGCCCUGGGCGGCGGCCGCAGCAACCUCACCACGGCCGGGCUCUUCGGCUGGCGGACGAACAAGGUGAUCUGCUCGGCCCCGCUCUGCCCGGCCGCGCCCCGGCCGCGACACGAGAUCGGCCUGAUCGACGGCGCCGCCUGCGAGCGGAGCUGCCCGCCGCGCGGGCUGCGGGAGCUGGAGGCCGAGUGCCGCAAGUACCCGGUGGUGGUGAUCAAGGACGUGCGGCUGCUGGAGCUGGGCGCGCUGCUGCCGCUGCUGCGGGAGCCCGGCCUCAACCUGCGGGUCAUCCAGCUCUUCCGCGACCCCCGCGCCGUGCACAACUCCCGCCUCAAGGCCAAGCAGGCGCUGCUGCGGGAGAGCAUCCAGGUGCUGCGGAGCCGGCAGCGCGCCGAGCCCCGGGGGCUCCCCCGCCGGCAGCGCCUGCCCGCGGCCGCGCUGGGCGGCGGGAUGCGGGCGCAGCAGCACCGGGCCGAGUUCUUCCUGAGCGGCGCGCUGGAGGUGAUCUGCCAGGCCUGGCUCCGCGACCUGCUCUCCUCCCGCCGCGCCCCGGCCUGGCUGCGCCGCCGCUACACCCAGCUGCGCUACGAGGACCUGGUGCUGGAGCCCCGCGCCCAGCUGCGCCGCCUGCUGCGCUUCGCCGGCCUGCCCGUGCCGCCCGCCAUGGAGAGCUUCGUGCUCAACAUGACCCGCGGCGCCGCCUACUCCUCCGACCGGCCCUUCCUCAUCUCCGCCCGGGACGCGCGGGAGGCCAUCCACGCCUGGCGGGAGCGGCUCAGCCGGGAGCAGGUGCGCCAGGUGGAGGCCGCCUGCGGCGAAGCUAUGAGCCUCUUGUCCUACCCGCCCAGCGCCGAGCCCGGCGGCGGAGCCCGGGAGGGGGGCAGCAGGUAGCGGCCGCCUCCUGGACGGGACAUGCAGCUUGAAUUGCAGACAUUGGAAGGAUGCGUUACUGUACAGCCAAGGACUGUGAAGAAAAAUUCAUCCCUGAAGAGAUUACAUUCCACAUCCUUUCAGAACUUCAGUUAAUGCUAACAACUGUACAGUUUUGCAUAGCAGAACAAAUUUUAAUCAUCUAAAACAGGUGGAAACAAUGACUUCAUUUCCAGUAAGGAUAUGACAGUGCAAUAUGGACAACUAUGAACCUCCAAUAUGGAGUGGUUUAUUUUACAGUUUGAAGCUGCCAGUCUGUGGUCAGUUGUAGGUGCUUUUUCUGGCAACAAGGAGACUUACAUUUUUAAAGUUACUGACAGUACUUGGACAAAUCAUCUACCAUUGCAAAAACUCAGUAUUUGUAAGCGUAGUAUUGUACACUCCAGAUUCGUAGCACAACUUUCACAGAUCUAAAUGGUGAAGUUUUUUUUAAGUGCUCUGCUUCCCCACCCUGUAACGGGGAAUUUUAUCUUAAUACCAGGACUGUGUUUUUAGAGUUCUGAAUACAGUAAAUUAUAUAGUAAGUUGUGAAUUUGAUUAUACAAACUCUCCCUUGGGGGGGGGAAAAACAGUUGAAGUGCUGCUUCCAUUUCUACUGCAUUGUGACCGAAUCCACAGAAAGCACAGUCACAUCGCACCAUACUCUUACAAGAAAAUGCACAAACCUCUGUUUGUUUAGGAGGGAAAAAAGUUCAGGGCUGAUAACUGGUGUCAGUUGGCAUAGCUGAGGUUCUGACCCUUGUGUUAAGCUCUUACUGAAAUGCCAAGCUAAAAUCCACUUCAAGUUUGCCUAUAACUCAUACCUUAAAUAACACUUUGGUGCUGAGAGCUGGGAUUUCACAGUGCUCAUUGUUAGUGUACUGUAUAAACCUUUUAAAAGAAUGUUAAGGCUAUGGGGCAUUUAUUCAGUGCGAUCUGAGGUUUAAUUUGGCUCCAGAUUUGUCUUACAAAGAGCUUGUCUUACAAAAAAGCUAGGACUAAUAGACUAGAAUUCCCACGGAAAGCUGCUGAAUUAGCCCUUCCCUGUGCUGCUGGAAAUCCUUUCAUUGCAGCUUUGUUAUGGAAUGCAAAUCUGAAAUGGACAUUUGUAUUUCUCUCAGUUUGGACAAGCAGGCCAGGUCUAUAUUACAAAUGUUUACCCUCAUAGCAGUGCCUGUUAAGGCUGUGGACUUUUUGUGACAUUUCCAUGCCUGCAAAUGCCUUAGUAUAGACAGUUGUAUUGGCAUAAGUGCUUUUGCUGUUAUAGCUUAUUUCAGUCACUGACCCUGUACAGCUAUAUCAGCAAAGUGCAGACUAGGCUUCAGUCACUCUAGCUGAGCUUCUAACAGAGAACAGUAACUUACCAGUAGCCUUUUAAAAUCUUAAAUGGUGGUUAAUAGACAAGAAAUUUUAAAAAGGAUUACCCUGACAGCACACCAUGGACCCAUCCUUUUGUGCCUAGAUGCUUGUGGACAGGAGCCACACUCAAUCAUGAUUUUGGUUGUAACAAAUGUCAGUGCCCAGUGACAUCAGUAUAGAUUACUUAGUAGAUCAAAUAGAGUAACUUGCAGAGGAAACAGCAUGGUGGCAUGCAUUAAAAUGUGGCCAUCCUUGGGGGGGUGCCACAGUGUUUUGAAAGAUUCUGUAAAUUGAUGCACACUCACCAGACUAAGAUUAGCAAUUCAGAAGUCAUUCCAUAGUAAAUACUGAUUUCUUUAAGAGUUCGGUUUGUGUAGCUUUGGGCAGCUGUUCUUUGAACUCUUCAGAAACAAUCUGCAGUGUAAUUAAAGCCACUGUCCUAACCCUGACAUGUACAUGGGAGCCAUUGCUGAAGUUUGAAUUUUUUCUGUUUUAUUUCUUACAUCAAGUGGCGGAAGGAGAAGAGUGGUUACUGCAAGUAAAUUCCUCAUGUUGUACCCUUACUGUGUAUUGAAGCCUGCAGUCCUUCCUCUGGCAAAAAAAUGCACUAAAGUUCAAUGGGAAUUCUGCUGAAUUUAGGACCUCAGUUUUAAGCUCAGCAUGACUUUUUCCAGCAGUAUUUCUAUAUUAAAACUGCAUCUCUAAGCCAUUUCUCUGGCUUUGUAAUUUACCAGUUCCUUCAAAUUUUCCGUCUUUUGGUAUGUAAGCUUAUUUUUUCUAAUCUUAUUUUACAAAAUGGCAUAAAAAACCCACUUUAGAGGCAUUUGGAUUUGUAUCAGAUGGAAUCUUAAACUUUCUUCCACAAGCUUAAAACUUACAAUACAGUGGAAGGAUAUUAAGCUACAUUAUACUGCAAACCUGUCUUACUAAAACAGUAUUUUCAAAUAGAAGAACAAAUCCUCUUUCUAAUGUCCUCUGGCCCUACAAUGCACACUGGAUAUAUGAGAAUCGUGCUCUUGUUACUGAGCUGUUCUGGUCUGCUUCACUCCCUGAAGUUUGAACUGGAUCUUUCUAAGAUGUGAUAUUGGCUUCCUUGGAUUCCCCUUCCCACCCUCUUCUCUCUGUUCUCUGGGACUUUAGGCUAUAUACAUGAAGGGUAUUACUCCCACUACUCACAUCCCACUGAGCCUCUCUGGCCUGUAAACUGAAUAUUUUGAGAAAGUAAAUGGCUACUAGAUGACUCAUUGAAUACAGAUUUCACUCUGACAGGCCUUUUUCUUAUCUUACAAGCUUAACUUCUUGUGCUUUUUUUUUAUUUAAGCACUUAAAUUCCAUUCUCACUCAUGUGCAGAAGCAGGGACUCUGCCAAAAUGGAGUUGGAGCAAGUUAUUAGUGGUGAGUUAUAACUUCAAAACACAAGUUCCAAAAGGCAACACUGAACCUUUCUCUGAAGGCAAAGAUAAUGAAUUUAAGUGAAUAACCACUUCUCUGAUCAUUAGUGUGUGAAGAAAGAUUGUAGGUUUUGUUAAACUGAAAUUAUGUAGAAGAAUCAUAGAAUGUCAGGGUUGGAUAGUCCAGCCCCCUGCUCAAAGCAGGACCAAUCCCCAAUUUUUGCCCCAAUCCCUAAAUAGCCCCCUCAAGGAUUGAACUCACAACCCUGGGUUGAGCAGGCCAAUGCUUAAACCACUGAGGUAUCCCUCCCCCAAGUCCUUCAAACCCUCACUUACAAAGAGCCCCACUCAUUUCAAUGGGGCUAUGUGCAUGUGUAAGCUUACAGAACUGGGCCCUGUGGUUAUUAUAGGUAGAGCUGGUAACAGCACCUGUUAAGGUUACCCAGCACUUCCCAUUAUAAGACUGUUUUCAAUUGCGAUCCUUUGCCAAACAGUAAGCAUGUAGGCUAAAAUGUUUCAUGCUGGAUAUCUACCUCAGCUUGAAAUCUUUUUGGAACAUUUCACCAAGAUGGUUCAGCUGUUUUAGAGAAUGAAGUUAGGGGGAAAAAUACAUUUUUCACUGUUCAAAAUUCCAGUGACCUCUUUGAAAAAGUUAGAGCUCCCAUCCAGUGGAGCAAGGACUUUAAAUUGGGCAGAGGCUGGGCCUUUUGCCAUCCUUAUGAAAGUUUGUCCAAAGGUGGCCAAGUUAUAUAUACACCUUUCAAAAAUGGCAGUUAGCACAUGCUCAUACUUACAUUUUAGCUGCUAAAAAAAUCUAAAGAUUCUCUCCUUGCUUAGCAUGUUUGAGCCUCUCUCAGCCCCUAGUGUUGAUGACCAGGCUCUGCCUGGGCCAUCCUCCCAAAGCAUGCUCCCUCACACUACAUGGCAAAGGCAGAUAUUUCCUUGCAACGGAUGCUCCUGCCUGUUCUAGGUUAGGCGCUGGAACUGGGGGAAUGUGUCUUUCCUGUAUUUUGUGACCCCCUCUGCUGGUACCCAGGCAACAUGCAGGAGGAAGCACUCAGCUGCAUUUGAAGUCAAUCAAUGAGAGCUGUGCUUUGAACAACUAAAGUGCUAAUAUAAUACAAAGUACUCUGACAGGUUAUAGGUGUCAAGUUAGGCCCCCACAAUUGGAACUGAGCAAAGAUUGAGAUUAAGUAUCCACUAUCUGUGAAACUGGGUUAAUAUCUAUUGUGCUCAGAGUUUUUGUGACUCACUUGUAUUCUAGCAAUAGGUGCCAUAGAAAAGCCCAUGAGGAAAUAAUUUUUUUUGUCCUCAGAGCCAGGUUUGAUAGUGUGCACUAAAUCAGACAUAGGGCCACACACUGUACAAGGGAGAUAAAAUACAAUAUUGAGUGCACUGAAUGAGGCAGAGGUCCUGUAGGGAAAAAAAAGUGAUAAUUAAACUAGCCAUGCAUACACACAAGAGGGUCAAAUUAAGGUCACAGGAACCUUAAUUGUAGUAUUUCUUAUCACAAGAGCUUGUCCUUGCAACUUUAGUAAUCUUAACAGAUUUUGUUUGCAUGUAAUCCACAUGUAUAAAUUCCACUGGUAAGUGACGUAGAUAAGCCUAAGAGGUAGUUGUGCAAGAGAGGUAGUAAAGUUGUUGGUUUUUUUGUACAGGACUGUCACAACAAAUUAGUUUCACAUCUACUAGCAUAAGGGCAAAGAAACAAGCAUAGUCAUAUUAAAAGCAGAAGUUUGAGAUUUAUUUUUUUUACAUCCUUCCACAUGACCCCACUGAAAGCACUACCAUAAUUUUUCAGCGGACACAUGAGCACACCAAGCAAGGUUUAGCUAGGGUCGUAGACUGUUCAGGUACUAGGACUGGGUAAUUUACUACAAUGGCUUUUCCACAUUUGAGUGAAUGUUAAAGAUUUUUAUAUGGGACGUUAAGUAGCUGCAAAACAGUUUUCCCAACACAAUUGGUAUGUUAGCUUCUGUGGAGUGUUAGAGACGAUUAUAGUCUUAACUUUGUCUAUCUCAUUUGGGACAAAGCUCAUGCUGACUCAAAGUACUAAAAAUAAUUGUGUUUUAAUGGCUAGAGAGGUGAAGCACUUUUAGUCAGUAAACUCAGUUUUUAAGCAAAUUCCAUAGCCUAUUCCCUGAACCACAGGUACAUGGACUUUGGGUAAGCCAUAGUUCAAAUAUUGAAUUGACACUAAUAUCUUAACAUUAUGCUACUGCUAUGAAGGCAUGAUGCACAGGCAGCUGUCAGGCACAUCCUUGAUACAGGUAUCAGACAAUGAAGUGAUCUUACAGUCUGUAGGCUGUCUAACUCAGCAACUACACCUGUUAGCAGGAAGACCCUCUCUUAAAUUUCACUCUGAUCUAACUAAGAUACUAACGUAUGGGGUUGCCUUAUUGCUCAUCAGUCUUAAACUAUGAUUUCCAUUCAGAGACUCAGAGCAAGUUUGAGAGGAAAAAAAAAAAAGGAAUUUCAGUAACUUUCCAUAGUUUUGUUACUACAUCUGUUUGUAU